AUGGACCGGCCAUCUGGACCGUUGGGCGCAGCGACACAGUCAACAGGCAGGCCGAUGGUAGAUAAUGGAGUCCCCCGGCCCGCCGUCCCUAUUACCUUGAGCAACACCGUUCGAAGAAUUCCGAAUAAUACCGUACGACAUGAGGCAUCAAGCUCCUCUCUCUCCUCGCAGAUCCCGAUAUCUGCGGGGCAGGUGGUGGCACUCGCCCAAGAGGCAAUGAAGAAUGCCAUCGAGGAGAACCGUACGAAGGCUGCAGAGGCCAGUGGCGUCAGUAAUGAAUUGAAGCCAGGGGUUACAAUCGAUUUGAGUCACAAGCAGAUCCAGAGAUUCCCUGAGGAGGUUGUUGAUAUUAUCAAGAACGAGCUCGAACGACUUGCAUUGUCGCACAAUAUGAUCUCCACGUUUCCCUCGAGGUUUUCGGAAUGUACCUCACUUCGAUACUUGAAUGUUCGCAACAAUGUCAUCCGAGAAUUCCCACAAUCUAUAUGCCAAUUGACUUCUCUUGAGAUUCUUGAUCUUGGCCGCAAUAAACUCAAGAUCCUGCCACCCGAAUUAGCAAAGUUGACUUCGUUGAAAGUCCUGUCUGUUCAAAAGAAUCGAAUCGAGGCCUUGCCCCUCUGCCUUGCGGAGAUGGCAUCACUUCAAGUUCUCAAACUUGAUGGAAAUCCCGUGCGUUUUCCACCUAAGGAAGUGUUGCAACCACAAGCUACAACACCUCCAAAUGGCGGUUUCCAGGAAAGUGAAAUGGAUGACAUUGCCGUCACAUCACAAAUCAAGAGAUUUCUGAGGCAGAAGGCUAUAUCGGACCGGUCGGAGACAGAAUCUGGUGGGGAGGAAUCCAGUGAAGGAACAGAGACCCCUCGGCCGAUGAAGCGUGUUAUGAGUGGUAGAUUUCCUAUCAAGGUCAACGGAACGGACGUACCUGAUCUGCGGUCGCCAGCCUUACCGCGACCACCACCCAUCCCAUCUCGUUCACACUAUAGAGGACUGUCGCAACAGAAUACGGCGCUUCGCAGACCAGGCGUGAUGCCUCUUACUAUUGGGAAUGCCAAUGAGCGACUUCGAAGUAACAGUGAAAGCUUAUUGCAAGCAACCAGAGACCGUUCGUCAGACCGCUCAAGAAGGAUGGGUAUAGUUUCCAAGAAAGCGGCUGAACUGGAUACUGUCGACGAGACGAAAACGAAUCGCUACAGCCAUUAUAGAGGCCUCAGUCAUGGAUCUGCAAUGCAGGGACCUAAUGGCACGAAUGGAGCUGCCAAUUCCAGGAGUCCAGCAAGUCCUGCAGACUCUUCGAUUCAGCGGGCAACGUAUGUUCGACGCCUCUCUAGCCUGCCAGAGCGCAAGCGAGAGUCGCUUUCACCUGAUCCUGUUGUCGAAGCCGCGAAAGGGAUUUUGUAUGCACUUUUCCAAGUACAUCCGCUAAUUCAAAGUCUUCUUGGUGUUACCCGGGACGGCACAAACAAGCGCACAAGUUUGGAAAGAGUUUUUUACAAUGCAACAACACACGUGGAAGAAUUGGACCGGCACAUUCAGGAUUACAUCACCUAUUCCGAAGAAGACGAAGACGCACCUCCACGAUCGAAUGAAAAUGUACACCGGGCAUGCGUGACUUGUGUAAGUGCUUACAUGCACGUUUGCAGUCUCCUUCAAAGAAACGUGGAAACGUUGCUUGAGAACGGAGAUCCUCGUUAUAUUCGCACACUUCUCCUGCUUGUUUAUGGGAGUACUGCAGAGAUUCGAAACGCGGGCGUUGAUUUUCUGAAGAGCCAGUCCCAGCUCUCAAGAGUAACGGAAGUGGAAGAAGGUACAGAGACAAUGAGAUUCCAGCCACGAGAUAAAUCGGUUACUCCAACACGGGCACGGCCAGGGACAAGCUCACGUAUAAGAAGUGCAACUGUUGUUCAACACUCGAACCUCCGAGUUGCCACGAAUGGUCCUCCGCCUCCAUUCCUUAAUGGGACUGGAAGAUCUGCCACCAUGACUAGUGCCACGCCUCGCUCUGGAGAGUCAUUUGCUUCGUCAACGACGUCCAGCAGCAGAAUUGGUGGCGACUUCACUGAAGAGGACAGGAUAUUCGAGAAAAUAUUCCUGCGGCUGCAGGAUGCCUCAGAGAUGACCAUCAGAGCAUUACCCCACGUCAAUGGUCAUUUUGUGAUGGCAAUGGAGGCUGGUGUUCAACAAAACAAAGCAGACCAGCCAAGACAGUUCUGGCAAGCAUUGAUCCUGAAAUGCAAUACUGCUCUGCAGACUGCCGAGGCUCUCAAAUCCCGACUAUCUCUCAUCAGACUCAAGGAUCCGGGAAUUCGUACUCAGAAUACGUUCUGGGAGCUGUGCAAUACGUUUAUCCAGACGUACACAGACCUCGUCAUGAAAGUGAAGGAGGCCAAAAGUCUCUCAGCCGCAUUACCUACAGAUGUCAUCAUUCUUCUUCGGCCACUUCAAAAGGCAAUCAAGGAAACCAGUCAGCUUAUUCAGACAUCACCCUGGGCGUUCUUAGCCACGCCCCAAGUCAACGGCAUGUCCAAUGGCAAUUACUCUACCCAAUCGCCAGCGUCUCAAGUACCCCUGCCAAUGACCCCUCAAAGUGCAGCACUUGGCCCUGCUGUACAAGCGACGGUGCCAUCGACACCCCAAAGCGCUUCGUACAAUGGUAUAUUCAACGGCAACGUUUUCGAUCGUGCCGACACUUUACUGUCUAUGAACGGAAGCUCCGUCUCAUCAUCGCGAACAGGUACAAUGACCUCAGCGUUCGGCUCCAACGAUGGGACCAUGACACCUGCGUCGAUACUCAGCCCUAUGAACUCAUUUGGAUCAAGGUUUAAUGGUAAUAACAAAGUAGCGUUCUAA